GGUUACGAAAUUCUUUUCUUGUAAGGAAGGUUGAUAAGUCAGACAUAAUGAAUUUUCUCUUCCUAAUCAAUUUAUUUAAAUUCAAUUGUGACGCUUCGUUGAUCUCAGAUCAAUUUCAUCACACAAAAGUACAAACUUUGAAUUCUCUACUGCAUCCGACAUAUAUAUAUAUAUGGCACAAGUCUUUGUUCUAUUUGUUCUCUUUAAUAGUGAUACAGAAAGAUUAAAAACCGGACUAGACACCUUACCGUCUUGUUUCUGUUCUUGCUUCCUUACAAGAAAAGAAAAGUAUCGCAAAAGCGAUAAAAACUGAAACUUAUUUUUCACGAUCACCCUAGGAGUUUAGAUAAAAUGUUUUUUCAUGAUCAAGUCUGCCAGUGAAAAACAGUUCACCGAGCGAACUCUAACUCACUUGCAUUUAUUUUCAUCGUACAUUUAGAAUCAGAGAAUUCUGUCAAUGAACUUGAUUUACUACUGGAAACGAGUAACUUUCCAGGUGUUUUCUAUGAUUUGGAAUUGGCAAAUAAUGAAAAAACUCUCAAAGAUGUAGUCAAAAUGGUUGUUGAUGGAAUUUCUCGUGAAUGUUGUAAUUCACUGCCUCUCGGUUCCGAUAAGACAUGUGUGAUGAGAGACCUUCUAUGGAAAGGAUUUGCAGGUGACAUCGUUGAGGCAACUGACAAGGUAGAUCCAUAUGUAAAAAUUUCAGAAGAAGCUGCAAAUACAUGCAUUGAAAUUUUUGUGAAACUUCUGAAUAAACCACUUAAACGAAUAUUAAACAAUCUUCCGUCUGUAAAACGAUCUCAAGUGAAAUCACUCGGACCCUACUGCUGGCUCUUGUAUCGUGCAUUAAGAAAAAAUAAAACAAGUGACAUACCAAUCGCAUACGCUGGGUUAGCCCUGGAAAGCGAAGAGAUGGCAAAUUACAUGAAACCAGAAGUAAAAUUUACAAGCUUCACACUGGGAUACAAAGAACGUGAACAUGCCGAAAAUUAUAAAAGAGUGUUCGAAGGUGUGUACAAACAGUCAGUUCUGACGAUUGAAGGUGGCAUUAUCAAGACUGAAGCAGAUAAAUUAUUAACAUUAGAUAAAAUCACCUUAGCUCAACAUUGUGAACUAAUUGGAAUAGAAGAUUUACCAACAAUUAUUAAAGACCUAAGAAAAACAGUUAGUGGGGUGGUCACUAAUACUGCUCAAUUUAUUGAAGAAAUUGCUAAUUCACCCAUUGGAAAAGAUGAAUAUUUAGCAAGUUUAGACAUACAAGAACUAUUUACAAAUAUUCCUAUUACAAUAGCAGUUGAUAUUUCUAAAGGACUACCUAUGGGCAAUACGUUAUCACCUUUAAUUGUUGAUAUUCACAUGGACCAUUACUUGAAAACUCAUAUGAAAGAAAUUAAUGGUGAUAAGAAAAUAUUUAGAAACGUAGAUGAUAUAUUAAUCGUUACAAAAAUGAAUGAUCAACAGUUAAGUGAAUAUGUAAACAAACUAAAUAUUAUUAGAAGUAAAAUCAGAUUUACGUACGAGUUUGAACACGAUAAUAAGAUUUCAUUUCUUGAUACAACUCUCCGUAAACAAAAUGAUAAUAAUCAAAUGAAAAUUAAAGUGAGAUGGUUUCGAUGCUGA